GCGCCGCAGAGAGCGCAACUACAGGAGAGAGAGAGAGAGAGAGAGGAAGAGAGAGAGGGAGAGGAGAGAGAGAGAGAGAGAGAGAGCAGAGAGCCUUCCUGCAGAGCCUCGAUUCAUAGCGCAGACAAGAAGACGAAGGAGAAGCGUGGAGACAGGCUGCGUCCGCGCGCGCACAAAACCAAACCGAAACGGAUACAACAUCCCCGCAUGAUCCAUCCCGCACUCGGCGGCACAGAGGCGGACGCUCCGGGGAUCCGUGGAGUUAUAUAAGGGGGGAAACGGCAGCCGCGUCGCAGGGCCGCCGUGACUCAUUGAGAAAUAAGUCGCUCCGUCGAACCAGACGCAUGAAUGAGCGCCGCUGGGAGAAAUCUGUGAAGGGGACCGGCGUUUUUAUUCAUGCGCACGGACACCGAAGGACAUAUUUAUGAUUUAUUUUCGUUUUCUCUUAACCUGACUAUCAUUAUUUUUGCUCUCUUGUGCCACUGAGGGCCUUUUUAGAAUAAAAAAAAAGAAAAGAGAUUCCUCAUUUUGCGGAAUCUCCCUGCUAUAUUUUUCCCCUCUAAAGCCCGCUUGGUACUCCUCUGCUUCAUAAAUGCUUGACAAGCUCAAGCCCGUCGUCCAGCUCGACUCGGUAAUGGCGAUCAGCAAGACGGUGGGCUGGCUCCGGGAGCAGCUGGAGACGCGCAGGGACGGCCUGCUGGUGAUGGACUGCCGGGCCCAGGAGCUCUACGAGUCGUCGCACGUCGAGACGGCCAUCAACGUGGCCAUCCCGAGCCUCAUGCUCCGCCGGCUGAAGAAGGGCAACCUGCCCGUGCGCUCGCUGCUCUCCGACGGGGAGGACCGGGAGCGCUUCGUGCGGAGGUGCAAGACGGACACCAUCGUGCUGUACGACGAGUACAGCCGGGAGUGGAACGAGAACGUGGACGGGGGCUCCGUGCUGGGUUUACUGCUGAGGAAGAUGAAGGACGAAGGUUACAAGGCCUACUAUCUGGAGGGUGGCUUCAGUAAAUUCCAGGCAGAGUAUCCGGCUCUGUGUGAAACCAACCUGGACGGCUCCUCCAACAGCAGCUCCCCCACCGCGCAGGUCCUGGGCCUCGGAGGGCUGCGGAUCAGCUCCGACUCCUCUGACAUCGAGUCCGACAUCGACCGGGACCCGAGCAGCGCCACGGACUCCGACGGCAGCCCGCUGUCCAACCCGCAGCCCUCCUUCCCGGUGGAGAUCCUGCCGCACCUCUACCUGGGCUGCGCCAAGGACUCCACCAACCUGGACGUGCUGGAGGAGUACGGCAUCAAGUACAUCCUCAAUGUGACUCCCAACCUGCCCAACCUCUUCGAGAACGCGGGGGAGUUCAAGUACAAGCAGAUCCCCAUCUCGGACCACUGGAGCCAAAACCUGUCGCAGUUCUUCCCAGAGGCCAUCAGUUUCAUUGACGAAGCCCGAGGUCAGAAGUGUGGCGUCCUGGUCCACUGCCUGGCCGGCAUCAGCCGGUCGGUGACGGUGACGGUGGCCUACCUGAUGCAGAAGCUCAACCUGUCCAUGAACGACGCCUACGACAUCGUCAAGAUGAAGAAGUCCAACAUCUCGCCCAACUUCAACUUCAUGGGCCAGCUCCUGGACUUUGAGCGCACGCUGGGCUUGAAGAGCCCGUGCGACAACCGCAUGGCGCCGCCGAGCCAGCAGCUCUACUUCACCACCCCGACCAACCACAACGUCUUCCAGCUGGACCCUCUGGAGUCCACGUGAGGUCGGCCCUCGCCGGCCCACGCUCACCUUGCCUGAGGAGGGUUUUGGUUCCUCCUUUUGGAAAAAGCUGCAAAAAGUUUCUCUUUUUUCCCUCCUGCCGCCCGCUCUGGACGUUAUUGAUACAGCUGGUUGGAGGCGACAGCUGCCGAGCGUGGUUACUGCAGGGCCGAAGCUGUCUGGCCAAGACGCAGCUGCUGUUGACUAAAUGGAGAGAGACGGCAAACGAGACAGACGGACAAAAGAAAGAGAAUCAUUUGAAAGUUUCUACAAUCAUACUUUGCUGUCGGACUCCUGAGGUCUUUUAGCUCUUCUCUUUUUCUUGUUGUAUCCGAGGAAACUUGGAAAGUGUUGGGACAGCUGUACGUUCCUAGGCUGGUGUGCCAAAGAGACAUGAUUGUUCAAAGUGGACAGAAAAGUGAAACCCUCUUUGUAUGUUGGUUUUGGGGGUCUGGCUCCGGCUCCCCCCCCCCCCGAGACGUCAGGGUGCGUCGUCUCCAUUAUCUUCUGUGAAGAGUUGCCUGUGUGGGGUAGAAACGCCCCGGCUUUAGAAGGCACACUAUCUACUGGACUCGAUUUUACAUUUGCGGAGUCUUUUCGAAACAUUUAUACAUUGUGUAUAUAUAUCUUAAUAUAAGAAGCCUUGCUAGAGUAUACCCUUUGGAAUAAGUGGGUACUGAAGAUUCUCUCUGUUUCAUAUUCUACUUUUAUGUAAGCAAACAAACUGCAUAUUGAUCAGUAUGUUUAAGUUGAUUAUGCCAAAAAUUGAGUAGGCUUUCCAAGAAUUGUGCAAAAA